AUGUAUUCAAAAAUUAUAUUAUUUUUCGUUUCGUCGCUGUUCCUAAAGACAAUCAACGGUCAAUGUAUAGGAAAUUCAUACAAAGGAAUCACCGGCAAUAGCAUUCCUACUGGAAAAUUAUUUUUGGGAAAUCCUGGCUUGCCUUUAGCAGGUUCGCCGUGCGGAGCAAUUAUCGCAGAGACUCCCUUGACAUAUGGACCAGUUAUAGUUGAAAACUUUCCUGUCACAAGUACAUCAAGUAUUCCACCGGGAACUUUGUCCAUAUUUUCUGACAACUUAGUUAUUGAAGGGCCAAUUCUUGUAAACGGACAGUUACCAUUCUUGGCCAGUGUAGCCGUAGAAGCCAAACUACCUGCUAUUGGAAAAGGUGCUGUAUCCUAUGGAUGCGGCAAUGGCGAAGUCGGUAUCAUAUCUGAAGAAAUCGCACCUCCCGCAUUACAAUUUGGUAAUGGCAAAGGAUUUGGUUACCCUGGAGAAAUAGGCUUUGGAUAUGGCUUUGCGGGAUUGGGCCCAAACUACCUUGGUUGCAUAGCAUAG